UGGAACAGCGAACCGUGCAGAACUUGUCUCCUACAGUUCGACGGGCGAGCUGUGCCUGUGAUUUUCUGAUAUCGUUCUCCCUGUGCAAUCAAUAGAAAACUUCAACACCAAUCAAUGGCAUCCCUGCUGAAGUUUUCCGCCGGUCUGCGGGCGUACAGCCGCGGCCACCAGCUGCUGUUCCGGCGUACCAAGGUUUCGAAUGCUGCCGAGUUCCGCGCCGCCCUGGUCAAUGUGCCUCCGACGGAGGUAACGACACUCGACAGUGGACUGCGUGUCGCCAGCGAGGACUCUGGCUCGCAGACGGCCACCGUCGGGCUGUGGAUUGACGCCGGUUCGCGCUACGAAGACAACAACAACAAUGGCGUUGCGCACUUCCUCGAACAUAUGGCGUUCAAGGGCACCGCGAAACGAUCGCAGACCGACCUGGAGCUCGAGGUGGAAAACAUGGGCGCUCACCUGAACGCGUACACAUCGCGCGAGCAAACCGUCUUCUACGCCAAGUGCCUCUCGAAGGACGUCCCGAAGGCGGUGGAGAUUCUGUCCGACAUCAUCCAAAACUCGAAGCUGGGUGAGGCGGAGAUCGAGCGCGAGCGGGGAGUGAUUCUGCGCGAGAUGCAGGAGGUCGAAAGCAACCUGCAGGAGGUGGUAUUCGACCACCUGCAUGCCACCGCCUACCAGGGCACCCCGCUCGGCAACACCAUCCUCGGGCCGACGAAAAACAUUCAGUCGAUUGGCAAGACCGACCUGCAGGCGUACAUCGACGGCCACUACAAGGCGCCCCGUAUCGUGCUGGCGGCAUCCGGUGGCGUGCGGCACGGCGAUCUGGUGCGCCUCGCCGAGCAGAGCCUUGCCAAGGUGAGCUCUUCCGUGGACGGAAAGGCUGCGGCGGCCGCACUUGCUCCGUGUCGUUUUACCGGCUCGGAAGUGCGCGUACGCGACGACUCACUGCCGCUGGCGCACGUCGCUAUUGCAGUGGAGGGCUGCGGCUGGACCGACCAGGACAAUGUGCCGCUGAUGGUGGCGAACACGCUGAUCGGUGCGUGGGAUCGCUCGCAGGGUGGUGGUGCGAACAACGCUUCCAAGUUGGCCGUCGCCUCCGCUACCGAUGGGCUCUGCCACAGCUUCCAGUCGUUCAAUACCUGCUACAAAGAUACCGGCCUGUGGGGCAUCUACUUCGUGUGCGAUCCGCUCAAGUGCGAGGACAUGCUGUUCAACGUGCAGAACGAGUGGAUGCGCCUCUGCACGAUGGUGACGGAGGGUGAGGUCGAGCGCGCAAAGAACCUGCUGAAGACGAACAUGCUGCUUCAACUCGACGGCACCACGCCGAUCUGCGAGGACAUCGGCCGUCAGAUGCUGUGCUACAACCGUCGCAUUCCGCUGCACGAGCUGGAGCAAAGAAUUGAUAACGUAACUGCCCAGAAUGUGCGUGAUGUAGCGAUGAAGUACAUCUUUGACCGUUGCCCGGCUGUCGCCGCCGUCGGACCAGUCGAAAACCUGCCCGACUACGUCCGCAUUCGUUCCUCCAUGUACUGGACGCGCCUGUAAGCGCCCAGCCCGAAACAUCCGCGCUGCCCGGACCCGUGGUGUAAGUAGAUAGCCCAUUCAAUUUAAUUCGACAUGGCGUGGCAUCAACCGACGAUCCCGAACCAGUUUCACAUGCAUAUGAAAGAAAUAAGUUCCUUAUAACAAAAACAGCAUACAAACCUUAGGGAAAAUUUAGACCUGUGGCCAUCCAUCGGAUCGUAACCUUUAACAUUUGCCCUUGCGAACCUUAUGUGAGGAAAUAGUAAAACCAAACAUGUGAAGUAAACUGUGCGUAGUCUGUGCUAACGGUUAUUUACUUUCGCUCUAUACGUUCUUGUACAGAUUGAGUAAAGUGGAUUUGAAGAGGUAAUUAUAAUAAAAUCAACAAUCGCCCAAAAAGCCACCCUUUUACAUUACUUUUCUUUCGUUCGUUUCCAAAUAUUCACGUUGUUCAUUCUUAUGUUUAGUUUAAUUUUUGCAAACAAACAGGAUAUUUCUUUUAUA